AGGAGGGGAGACAAAAGGGAACCGCGAACGGGGAGGAGAAGAGGAUUCAGAAGGCAAACAGAGCCCAGCUCACGUGUUGGAGCGGGUUUUACGCAGCGCUUUUACGCACGCUUCUCUCGUUGCUGCUCCUUGGUGUUAGUUUUACGAUCCAGGGUAGGCUGGUCGGUCAUCUAAGCAACAAUCCCCCGAGGCUCUGCGCGCUGAUUUGGGAUCUGUUUGACCCCAGGGGCCGGUGUUUUCCCUCCGCAGAAGCUCGCUUUUGAAAAUGGAGCGUGUGCCUUUAAGGCGCCCGACUGCCUGUCGCUUUGUGCUGCGGAGAGACUGACGCCCUCUGGACACAGUGGACACUGGAGCGGCGGCGGAUCACCAUCCUGGAGGAGUUCAAAGAGAAAACAACCCCAGUCUCUCCUAAAAGGACGAACUGAAAACUUAGUAACUGCGUUCAGGUGUUUUCCCGUCGCGUGCUGGUGAGACCGUCAGGAUGAGGUCCGCCCGGCUGAUCCUCCCCGCCACGGCGGCUCUGCUCUUCCUCCUGUCAGGACUCUCCCUGACCUCCGGCUGCAACAAAGCCCUCUGCGCCAGCGACGUCAGCAAGUGCCUCAUCCAGGAGCUGUGCCAGUGCCGUCCCUCCGAUGGAAACUGCUCCUGCUGCAAAGACUGCAUGCUGUGUCUGGGGAACCUCUGGGAGGAGUGCUGCGACUGCGUCGGGAUGUGUAACCCCAAGAACUACAGCGACUCUCCGGCCACCUCCAAGAGCACGGUGGAGGAGCUUCACCGGCCGAUCCCCUCGCUGUUCCGCGCCCUGACGGAGGGCGAGGCGCCCAUCAACAUGAUGGUGGUGUCCUUCCCCGUGGCAGAGGAGUUCACGCACCACGAGAACCUGGUUUCCUUCCUGGAGUCGCUCAACAGCCAACCGCAGAACGUGUCGGUGCCGGGGAACAGCAUCCACACCGGCAUCGACCCUCACGAGAAAAUGUGCACGGUGGUUUACUUUGACGACUGCGUGUCCAUUCGUCAGUGCAAGCAGUACUGCGAGUCAAUGGGAGGCUCAAAGUACCGCUGGUUCCACAACGCCUGCUGCCAGUGCAUCGGUCCCGAGUGCCUGGACUACGGCAGCAAGGCCGUCAAGUGCUUGAACUGUCUGUUCUGACCCGACCCGAACCGACCCGAUCUCUGGGCACAUGUUGGUACCAAAUGUCUGCUCCGCACCAGAGGACUGAGGAAAGGGAAACCCAUGACUGUUGUAUGUUAGCAUUCCUCGGUAACCAUGUAAAAUAAACCCUCCCCGCCUCCUCAUCCCUCCCCUACCCCUGCAAAUUGUUUUUUUUAUUCUGCUGUUACUGUAUAUUUUUAGAUAUGUCAUCCAUAGUGUUUUUUUUUUUGUUUUUUUUUACUAGAGGUGUAUAUGAAUAAUGUAUUUUUGCAAUUACUGUCAGCAAAAUCAGUCUUGUACCAAAUAAAGAAAAGAUUUGGUGACCUGA